CCGCUUUAAAUACGCAGGGAACUCUCUGUUUCAUCUUCAUCACUUCAUCUUCAACCACCAUUUCCAAUUCUCUCUCUCUUUCUCUCUCUCUUGUUCGCUUUCAAUGGCUCAGACUACGCUGAAUCAUACCCAGACAGUCUCCGGUUGGGCAGCCCAUGAUUCUUCCGGCAAGAUCACUCCAUAUACUUUCAAACGCAGAGAAAACGGCCCCGAGGACGUGACCAUAGAUAUUUUGUACUGUGGAAUAUGCCAUACCGAUGUUCACUACGCCAAAAACGAGUGGGGUAUCACCAUGUAUCCCGUUGUUCCCGGGCAUGAGAUGACAGGGGUAAUCACGAAAGUAGGAAGCAACGUGAAGAAGUUCAAAAUAGGGGACAAAGUGGGGGUUGGUUGUAUAGCGGCUUCGUGUUUGAACUGUGAAUUCUGCCAAGAUUCCCAAGAAAACUACUGCGAAAAUUUGCAGUUUACAUACAACGGAAUCUUCUGGGAUGGAAGCAUAACUUACGGCGGAUACUCCAAGAUGUUUGUUUCAGAUCAAAGAUACGUUGUGCACAUACCGGAGAGCCUACCAAUGGACGCAGCGGCCCCGUUGCUGUGCGCCGGAAUAACAGUGUUCACGCCGAUGAAAGACCUGGGUUUGAUCGAUUCGGCGAGGAAGAAAGUGGGAGUGGUGGGGCUUGGAGGGCUGGGGCACAUAGCAGUGAAAUUUGCGAAGGCGUUUGGGCAUCAUGUGACUGUGAUCAGCACCUCUGCUUCAAAGGAACAAGAAGCUAAAGAACGGCUUGGGGCUGACGAGUUCAUAGCCAGUAAAGAUCCUCAGCAAAUGCAGAGUUAUAAGAGGACGCUUGAUUUUGUAAUCGACACAGUGUCGGCUCAGCAUUGCAUUGGACCAAUUUUGGAACUGCUAAAAGUGAAUGGGACAUUGUCCAUUGUGGGAGCUCCAGAAAAGCCCAUCCAAUUGCCUUCUUUUCCUUUAAUAUUUGGGAAGAGGACAGUGAAGGGAAGCAUAAUAGGUGGAAUACAAGAGACACAAGAGAUGAUGGAUUUGUGUGGAAAGCACAACAUUACAAGUGAUAUUGAAGUGAUUGAACCACAAGACAUCAACCAUGCCAUGGAACGCCUUAUCAAAAGCGAUGUUCGAUACCGAUUUGUCAUUGACAUUGCCCAAAACAAAUCCAAACUUUAAUCACACAAUUUGAUCCAUUUGGAUUUGAUGUUUAUGAUCAUUUGUUGCAUCAUCUAAUGGUUAUAACAGAGGUUGGCAGUUGUGUUACAUUGUGUAUUUGUUCCUUUUUCAAUGUUAAGAGCUUAUGUGCUGCUUUUCAAGGCCUUCACUUGUUUGUUUGAGCAA